AUGAAACAAGCCCGAGAAACUCUCCAUUUUUGCAAAAGCAGAAACUCUCCUGGCACCUGCACGGCCAUCAAGGGCUUGAAUCUUCUCCCGUCCAGCUCUAUCAGUUCCUUCUGGAGAUAUGAAGCAUCUGGUUCUUCAUUGCUAAAACGUGAUCCCAUCACUAUUUCUGGUGAGAUAAAUGCUUAUGAUGGUGGAAGCAAUCUAUCACCUCUCUUGCAUAAAUAUGAGACGAGCAUUGAAGGGUCAAGAGCCUCUGCUUCAGAAGUCAGUGGCGAAGUAGUGAAAUUACCUACGGUCUCCCCAAUAGAUCAGAGUUCACCCGCUUCUACUUUGGGCUUGGAACUUAAUUUAGAGCAACAAACACAACGACGUAGACUUUUCACUUUAAAUCAAAUAAGUUCUGCCAUUGCAGCAGCAGAGGGUACCCGCCUUUUUUGUUCUGCAAUCAUAGCUAUUUUUGUUAUGUUAUCAUAUCUAGGAUUUCCUUUACCAGGCAGCUACAUCAUAAAGAGCAUUAUAAGCUUUAGGCCGCUGUAUAUAGUUUUGCUCACCAAUGCAACGAUUGUGCUUACACGACUUACUUUUGAUAAACAAAGAGAUUUUGAAUGGGCUACCAGAGAUGAAAGUGAAACUCCACUUAAUGGAUAUGGUUGGGCUGAAUAAUUAACUAAGGGUUUGGAGAUGGGUCUGGUGAUGCAAGGCAUUUGAUGCUGUGUUCAUGGAUUGCAGUGUGUAUGUGAUUACUGUCAUAUGUGGCCUCUCCCUUUUACAGCUAUUCACCUAAUCAGCUGAUAAUAUUUUUGUUUGUUUGCUUGCUCGCAUGUGUGUUGAUUUAUAUAAUUUUAUGAAUUAGCCCUCAUUGAAAUCGGCUAACCUUCCCACCCA